UCGCGCGCAGUUCUAUCGGUAUCUUGAGUUCCUGCGAGUUGUGGUGUUCCUAGAAUUUUACCCUCAAGUUAUUCGCAUGGUCAGCAUGUUGGCUCAGAGCAUCGGUCUCUGGGUUGGAGCGCUGGCAAUAGUUUUUAUUUGUCCAGGCCGUGCAGAAACCAUUGGCUCUCAGUUGUUUUUAACGGUGAAAAGUGAAAAUAUAACAAAAUUGAAUCUGCAGGAUGUCUCUAGUGCAUACGUGAUAGUCACCGAUAUAAUGAUUAGCCCCGAAGGGCAGCCACUUUCUUUGCGGGAUGGAGCAUCGAGGGUUUCGACCAUGGAUGGAUUGCACGAGAUAGGACCAGGAGUUCAACUGCUUGCCUCUUUCGGUGGAAGCACAGUACCUUCUGAGCUUUUUUCGCACUUGGUGGAGAACAAAUCAAGGCGAGCAGCUUUUGUAAGAAAUGUGAUUAAUUUCGUAACGAACAGUGGAUUUGGCGGCGUCGAUAUUGCUUGGUUAUAUCCCACGGAAACAGAUAAAGAAAACUAUGGAAAUUUGUUGAAGGAACUGCGGGUGGCAUGUGAUAAAAAAAAGUUAGUUCUGACGGUUACAGUUCCAAGUCAUCCAUCAGUCAUUGGACGAAAUUAUCUUGUGCAAGAUCUGGAGAGUGCGGCGAAUUAUGUGAUUUUGUGCACGAGUGAAUUUAAAAAACUGAAGAAAACGUCCUUGAUUGCUCCUUUGUAUCCUUUGAAAGAGGGUUCAUCGAACAGUGUGGACCGUCACAUCAACGCCUGGAAGCGCGCAGGUUUAAGUGGUGACAAGAUCGUCAUGGUUAUUCAGACUAACUCUUUGACCUAUAAGCUGCUUCAACCGAACGAAUAUCGAUUAGGAACGUCUGUUUCGAGGUUGAAAAUACGACCGUUUUACAAAAUUUGUCAGAAACUGUACAGUGGCUCGCUGGAGGUAUUCGAAGAAACGGCUCGGUGUCCGUACGCAUUCCGAGAACAGAACUGGUAUUCGUAUGAGAAUAGUAAAUCGAUCCAGGAGAAGGUAGAUUAUGCAGUUAGCCAUUUACUGGGUGGAAUCGGGGUGUUUAACUAUGACGAAGAUGACCCACUUGACGUGUGUGGUGACGGGUCAUAUCCUAUAACUCGAAUGGUUCAGGCUUCGUUAAAUGCGAAUCAUCAAAUCUUACCUGAAAACUCGGCUACUGUGACACAGCGGAGUAUCGAUGAUGCAGAUUUAGACGCAUUAGAAAUGGAAGCCCAGCUCAGUGUUUUGAGUAAUGACUCGCCGGAAGAUAUGGACAUACGAAUAAACGAUGACGAUGAUGAGGAUUUGUUUGGACACGACAAAAAAGCGUCUUCACACGUGACUAGACAAUCACCGUUCAUGGCCCCUCGAUUUACGAGUCAUAAAACAAUCACUACUACAAACACCGUCAGGAGACCGGUACUGCUACCUCCAUGUGGGUGCAAGGAUGAAGAUAUUUCCGAAGAGGAAUUUGGAUCAGUGAUACUAGCAAAUUCGGAUCAAGCUUUUGUGAAACAGAAUUCGCCCUUGGAUGGUUCCAGCGUAUUGUUUUCUGAAUCUGACGUUCCUUCAAGUUAUGGGCCACUCUUCUCCGAGCACGAACCCGACGUGAGGAUUCAACCUGUUCCACAUUGCGCCAAAUUUGAUCCUGAACGAUCCCGGAUAGGCAUCAUCGCAACGGCUAGUGCAGGAGUGUCACCAUCUUUACAACCAUACCGACCUCAACAACCAUUAACGAAUAUUGUUGCCACGGCAACGUAUCAAACAACUGCAGCACCAAUCCAGCUGCUAACUGAUACAAAUAACAUGUCUCAGCUUUUGUCCUUGUUGAACAAUCAAAUUAUUCAGUCAACUCAAACCGUUUGUCCCUAUGACGGAAUCAUUCCCGAUCCGCGCAAUCCUCGCUACUAUUAUCUGUGUCGGCAAGGACUUCCGAUGAGUGAAGAGAAUAGAUUCGCCUGUGCCGACGGAUACGUGUUUAACCCGGUCAGCCAGAAGUGUUCCCCGCUAGUAUAAAACUGGAACAGUUUCAUCGACCGUCAAAUAUUUGUUAUGUUGUAAUAUGAUAUUAAAUAUAAGAUUUUUAUUUUGUUCA